AGGGAUGCCGGCGCGUUCCUGGCGGGGAGCAGCCAGUCCGAGAGGACGGUGGAGCUCGCGCUCGCCAUGAGCUCCGAUCGCGAGGGCAUGUUGUCAUUCGCCUCGAAUGUGAGGGCAGCGCUGACGGCCCUGUGCCAGGCGAAGGACGCACGGGAGUCCUCGCCCCUGCUGGAGGCGGCCCUGGCGCAGAGUCGUCUGGACAUCGGGGGCCUUGUAGCGCUUGUGCAGGAGAUCUGGGAGCUGCACGCCUAUUUCGUGUUCCUCGACGUCAAGGGCGACCAAGCUCUUCUGGAGACGGCGGCGGCACAGCUCUGCCGAGCCCUCCGGUGUACAGCGGAGGACCUGGUCCUCGGCUUGGCGCGCACGGGGCACUGGGUAGAGCAGGCCCUUGGCAUGCUCUCAGAGCAGGCGUGCGGCGAGAUGCUUCAGCGGUGUCACGCGAGGGCGCUGCAGCAGUGGCGAGCAGCAUGGGCGGAGCGUGUGCAGAGUUCGCAGGAUCUGCAGCCGCAGCAUAUGUUCGGUGCCAGUGGUGGGAAGCAGGAAGAGCUGUUUUGGGCGAGCUGCUUUCAGCAACGAGGGUCGGUCACGUGGGCAGUCUUCCUGGACGGGUUCGAGCGUUUCCAUCUGCGCGGCAGGUGCCCCGCGGACAUCGCCGAUCAGCUUCGUGCCGAGCUCGGUCCAGAUCUCGUGCACGUUGUGCGGCGCUCGGAUUGGCACGCCUUUGUCAAGGAGCACGGCGACGCCGCCAGCCUCGUCGACUGUCUUCUGAGCAAGGUGCUAGCCGACAUCGCCGACAGAGUCUAUCGCAGCCAGCCUCUGGACGCGGGGCUGCUCGUGGGGGAGGCCGAGCGCGACUGGGGUCAGGUGGAGCCGUUCCCGCAGGCUUCGAUCGUCACGCCCCUGGAUCCUGGUGGCACCUGCCUGCCCAUCGAGGAGGGCAAGCACGUCACCUGGGACGCCUUCUGCAGGCAGCUCGCCGAGAGAACGCCCUGCUGGUGGAGGGCGGGCGGCGGGCCGGCGCCGCACCAGCGGGCGCUGCAGGCCCGGGCCUUUGCGGCGGUGAGCAGCGGCCUGGCGUGCACGCGCCGGGCGCUGGUGCUGAGGGCGGUGAGCGGCAGUCUCGCGAGCGGCGGGUCGGCGCGUGCGCCAGGAGCACCUGAGCGGGCUGCCGCUCCCAUCGAAGACCAGAAGGAGGCUGCGGAGCUCCCGGCCGUAGUAGUCACGGCCAACGUCGGACAGCCGAGUGGAGUGGCGCAGGUGCUGGAUUUGUCAAUGAACGUCCCCAUCGCCUUGCGCUCGCACUUCGACGUCGUCUACGAGCCCACCACCGACCGCUACUCCAUCAUGGAUGUUGGCUCAAAGUGGGGCACCUUUGUGAAGGUCACUGGCCAGCUCUGCCUAAGUUGUGGAGACUGGAUCCGUCUUGGUAACGUCGAGCUUGUGAUCCGCUGCUGCGGAGGCGGCUGCGCCAACCACCGAUGUCACGCUAACACGGUAGGUUCGCUGCGGAAGUUCGGCAGGCACCGUUCCAGUCCCGAGAGCGCCAGCGCCGAGUGGUGUUGCGACGCGCGAGAGGCGGAGGAAGUUCUGCCGAGAGGGCUUGGCAGCGUCCGAGCGCCAGGCUGGCAUACGCGCUCGGAGCAGAUCACUGUGCCGCCCCUUGAGAUCGUGUUCGUCACAGGCCCGCGCAUGGGCGAGAAGCUCGUCCUGACGAAGCGGGUGAACACCAUGGGCCGCAGCAACACGGCGACAGUGCAGAUCACCGACGCAGUCUUGACCAACAUCUCCAGGGUUCACUGCGUUUUCGAGUGCAUCGGAGGCCUGUGGCACCUCCGCGACAACGGCUCCACCAACGGGACCUGGCAGCGCCUCUCCUGCGUGCUGCAGCCGUCUGCGCCGAAGCCCCUGUCUGCCGGCAUGUCGGUGCUGGCUGGCGCGCUCGAGUUCCUGGUCGAGGGUCGCCUUGAGCCGACUUCAAGCGCGACCUGA